AUGUCGCAGGAAUACUCCUUCAAGCACUUUACGGUGCAAUUCCCAGCAAACCAUCCUUAUGUUGCGCACGUGGAGAUCAAUCGAGCAGAUAAGAUGAAUGCCUUUUUCGAAGCCAUGUGGAUUGAGAUGAGCCAAAUAUUUCAGAAACUCUCAGAGGACCCGAAUGUCCGCUCUAUCGUUCUCAGUGGAGCCGGCGAAAAGGCUUUUACCACGGGCCUGGAUGUCAAGGCCGCAUCCAGCGGCCCCUUAUUCUCCGAGAAGAGUGAUCUCGACCCUGCCCGCAAAGCCGCCUUCAUGCGUCGCCACAUCGCCGCAUUCCAGGACUGUAUCACAGCUGUUGAGCGCUGCGAGAAACCUGUUGUGGUCGCCAUGCACGGAUUUGCGCUGGGUCUCGCCAUCGACCUGUCGACCGCGGCCGACGUGCGCAUCUGCUCCCGGGACGUCAAGUUCGCCGUGAAAGAGGUGGACAUCGGCAUUGCAGCAGACAUCGGCACUCUGAGCCGACUGCCCAAGGUCGUGGGCAGCUUUAGUUGGGUCAAGGAAGUGGCCCUCACGGCGCGGGUGUUUGAAGCGGAAGAGGCGCUGCGCGUGGGUUUCGUCAACUCGGUGCACGAGAACCGUCAGGCCACCAUCGACGCGGGCCUGAAGAUCGCUGCGCUGAUGGCGUCUAAGAGCCCUGUAGCCGUACAGGGCACCAAAGAGAUUUUGAACUGGUCGCGCGAUCACUCGGUACAAGAUGGACUGCGCUACACCGGGGUGUGGAAUAGCGCGGCCCUGCAGACCAAGGACCUCUCUGCGGCUUUACUGUCUGGGCUGCAAAAGCGCACGCCCACGUUUGAGAAGCUCUAA